UAGAGGAGGAGGAAGAAGAAGAAGACACCCGAUAAGCUUUAGCAGUAGCAGUAGCAGUAGCAGUGAUGGUACGAGCUUCAUCAUCAAAGAAAGGAGGAGACAAAGACGAUCCAGAGUCUAAACAGAGAAAGAGGUUAAAAUCCCUAGCUCUCGACAACAAACUCCUCUCCGACUCUCCCUCCCGAUGCCUCUCCUCUCUCAAACCUUCCAAGCAGGUCCUCAAACACCACGGCUGCGACAUCAUCCGCAAGUCGCAGCGCAAGAACCGCUUCCUCUUCUCCUUCCCCGGCCUCCUCGCCCCCGUCUCCGGCGCCACCAUCGGCGAUCUCGAUCGUCUCUCCACCAAAAACCCCGUCCUCUACCUCAACUUCCCCCAGGGUCGAAUGAAGCUUUUUGGAACGAUUCUGUAUCCGAAGAACAGAUACUUGACUCUUCAAUUCUCUAGAGGUGGCAAAAACGUCUUGUGCGAUGACUACUUUGAUAACAUGAUUGUCUUCUCCGAGUCAUGGUGGAUUGGGACUAAAGAGGAGAACCCUGAAGAAUCCCGUCUUGAUUUCCCUAAAGAACUGUCUCCUCAGGCGGAGCAGACUGAGUUUGAUUUCCUAGGUGGUGCAGCAGCAGCAGCUUCUGCAGCUUCGGUUAAGACUACGGUUGCGACUCCUGAAACUGGUAGCCAACCAACUGAGAGAGAGACAGACUCACCUGAAGUUGAAAUGGAUGAGAUUUUGUCUGAUGAUGGAGAGUUUAUGGACGAUAAGAUUCAAGUGACUCCAGUUCAAGUAACUCCUGUUCGACAGUCUCAGAGAAAUUCUGGGAAAAAGUUCAACUUUGCAGAAACUUCUCCAGAAAACUCCUCAGGUGAAAGUGAAGACAAUACAUCUGAUGAAGAAGAUGAGAAGCCUGUGUUGGAAACUGAUUCUUCUGUUCGUGAGGAACCUCAAGCUGAUAUCACCACUGCAUCAACAGGCAAGUUACCUACCGAACUUCCGGCUAAAAAGGAAAAAUCAAACAGCAAAGACGGCAAGCUUGUUCAAGGUACGGUAGCCAUCCUAUUCAAGAAAGCAGAGCAGAAAACAGUUGGAACUUCAAAGGCCAAAUCAUCCUCAAAGGCUGCCCAGAAGAAAUAGAGGUCUGUUGUUUCGUUUUGCUGUGAGAAUGAACAGCUUUCUAGCCCUGUUAGUUAUGUUCUGUAAGAGAAAUUGCUACAAGACUGAUAAUUAUGUUUCAGAAUUCAGAAAUAACAGGAAUGUGAUAAUGGAUUUCAUCAAGCUUA